AUGCGCUUUUACGCCGAGAACACAUAUGCACAUUGGUGUCUCUUCAAUCCGGAUGGCAGCUUUCCCGACGCAGGCAGAGUUCGAGGACAUUUGCGCACUGAGCUUGACAAGGUUGCCAAAUACUUGAAGACUUUCAGACCUGACGACUGGAAGGAUGCUCAACGGUUUUGGACCAAUGCCGAGACUGCUGAGGCUAAGGCAGAGUAUGCCGCGGAGUUCGCUGAAGGAGAAGAGGAAGAGGGAGCCGAAUGUGCUGAAGCUGAGGCCGAGCAGCUUGCUGCCGCGAUUGCAGCCGCUGAUGCAGAGUACGAUGCUCCUGCUCACGCUCUUGCUCGCGCUCGUACUCGCUCUCGCCAUCUCGACGAGCGUGCAGACUCUCUCGAUGAUAUUCUUGAAAUCAGUAGAGCACCAGUCAAGACCAAGUCAAGACGACCUCUGGCACCCGUCACCGCUGCAUCGACCCGCUCUCCACGCGCUUCCAAACCUCCAGCUCGAUUCGCGUAA